GCGCGGGUAACCUUGGGAUCGUCGCUUCGCACUCCCGCGGUCGACGCCGUAUUCGUCACUUGGCCGCCUUCGACGUCUCACGCACGUCGUCGUUUCCAGCCCGUCUAUUUGUGGGAGUGUCGUCAUGGCUGCCGCCUCAUUGACCCAGCUCUUGGCCCUUACCCUGGUGGCCUUCGUCUGCGACUUGGCCAACGGACAGCAGCUCCAAGGGCCCUUGUCAUGUGACUCGAGAACCGAGGUGUGGAACCCCAAGUGCAAUGCCCACUGCGAACCCACUUGCACCGAGGGUGACCUCGUGCCGUGCAGCCGCGCCGGAGGAUCGGGAGCCGCACAAGGGCGCUUCAGCGAACGCAUCUGCCGGCCCAAGUGCAACUGCAAGCCAGGCCUGAUCCGUGCCACCAGGGACGGCCCUUGCGUUCCCCGCGACCAGUGCGGUCCCGCGGGCGGCCAAGGCGACCAGUGCAAGCGCAACGAGGAGUUCCGGAGCUGCGGCAGUGCCUGUCCCGCCGUGUGCGGUCAGAAGGCGCCCGACGCCUGCACCGCGCAGUGCGUGCCCGGAUGCUUCUGCGCGAGGGGAUACAUCCGCGACAAGAACGGCCUCUGCAUCCCCACGUCCGCCUGCCGAGGGGGCCGCGGUGGAAGGCCCGGCAGGCAGCGCAACAUCAUCAGCAACCAGCACCCUCCCACUCAUUUCUUCUGAAUGCAUCUGCGGGACGACGGAAGCGACCUCUCUGCGCACGCGCCCACUGUCUGUCGAGCUUUUCUCCGGGUGGCUAGUGCUGCCGCUGGGCCAGGAUAAUGUAACGAUUCUAUUCUGAUUCUGUUUCUUUAGAAGGGAUUGUCUUCCUGGAUCUAUUUACUAUCCUUUUUUCUGUAGCGGGGCAUGAUGUCCACGAGGUCGACGGCAUUUGCUUACCAGGACAAGUUAAACAAGCCUAUUAUAUCGCAUACUAUAAGAACCGACUAAAGAUCAGGAGCUGUUGGCUAGGGUUAGUGUAUACUGCUGGCAAAUGUCGCCGGCUGUUGGCUGUCAGUUAAUACUGGCUGUACCCUGAUGUAACAGCAACGUUAUCUAUAUAAGAUCACCAUACAAUGAAUGACUUGUCUACGAAUUGGCUAGGAGUAUUAAGAGCGCAGUUAUAAAAAAAAUAAAAAGCAAGCAAUGCCGCCUAGUAAUUUUGACAUUUCGGACAGUGCUGCUUAUAACGUUGUCAGCAGGGUAUACGUGGGUCGGUGUAUUAUUAGGAAGCAAUCGCUUCAAGCGGUAGCAUUCCUAACAGUAUUCAGUUUCCGAACAGUCUCGCAUUUUAACAUACUGCAGAACUCGCCAUCUUGUUUCUUAUUGCCUCAAAUCUCCAUACUCGUAACACUCCCACACUGAUUGACCCUAAGAAAUUGCUACGAUGGAGGAAGUUGACAGCAUGUUAGAGUUUCACUGUGGCGAUGACGAUACUAUCGAGGGCUUGUCGUGGAAUGGAGCUCGGUGGCGAAUAAUGUAACGAUUCUGUUUACAACGCUGUUCUUGUCUGCGUUUCGUCAGUGAACUGAGCCGCGCCCGGACGUUAUCAGCUAGAGACGGAAGGGAAUGGUAGAUGAUAAGCAAGGAACAUAAACGAGUGAACGGAAUCCUUACAUGAUCACCGGUCCAGCAGUCGGCUGCUUGCGAUGACAUUUUGACUGCCUAUCCCAUUACUGCAGAUCUCCGUAGUAACACCGUCAGAAGGGAGAUGGGGGACUUGUGUCGGACGAUAUAGUUGUCCGGACAGGAGAGGGAUCAAAUAUAUCUAGAGAGAGAGCGAGAGAGAGAGGGAAGGAAAGAGAUUACCUGAAGCCAAUUAUGGUCGGUCACCCUGCGUGUCACACUUGCUACUCAAACCCGCAUGGCUACAACUGCGGGACGCCUUUGAGAGAGGGAGAGAGAAAGAAAGAGAGAAGAAACAUUACUUUGUGUCCUUUCUGGGGCCAAGGGAGGCGGGGGCUGGGAGACUAGCCCUACCGGAGCCCCCUUCCUCAGGCGGCGUGACGCCUUUGAACACUGCCAUGCACAUAAUUAAUUCAGGUACCGAAGCUGGUCUCGGCAGGCACGGUAUAGCGGUGCUGGUGUCUGACGUAUGACUCAAUCGACGCCACUACAUGUUACUGAGACAGCUUGCAGCACUUAUCACUGCAGAGAAGAACACUGAUGGACAAGGUUCGAUGGACAGUGCGUGCAGGCACUCUCGUCGUUUUCAGCUGCGCUAUGCACCUGCCAUGCAACCGCCAUUCUCCCUUCUGAUAUGUGUAUUCUCAAUAAAGUUCGAGGGCAACCGCUCUCUUCAACGCGUU